AUGCAAAACCCAAACCCCAUUCUCCCAGCGGAGAUCCUGCUCCUUAUAGCUCGGCUCCUUGGGCCGUUAGACUUGAUCCACCUAGCUCGAGCCAUUCCGGGCAUGGAUCGCGACUACAAACCGAAAUAUUGGACUACAGCCAAGGAUGAGGCAGGAGAUACUAUGUUUCACAUAGCCUCUGUCAAUGGAUGGAACGAUAUUGUUGAGUCACUGUUCACCAAAAACUUUGAUUUCUCUAUUCAAAACAGCCGGGGAUAUACCGCUCUCCACUAUGCUUGUCAAAAUGAUCAAUACACCACAGCAUCUUUGCUGUUAGAUGCCGGCCUGAGUCCCAAUAUUCUGGCAAAAAACGGCAUGACAGCAUUACACUCGGCUAUUGCUAAGGGAAAUACCUCGAUUGUCCGACUUUUGCUUGAAAAUGGUGCUGAUAUCUCGGUUAUCACGACGGGUGCCUAUUCCAUGUUACACUGGGCAAUGCAAACCCAAAACAUUGACAUAAUUGGCCUGCUUGUCAUGAACGGGGCAGAUUUCACAAAGGGGGAUAUCUCUGGACGGACACCUUUACACUGGGCGGCGUCCGAUGGAAACAUGCAAGCUAUGGAGCUGCUAUUGAGAGCUGGCGCUGAUGCAGCAUCCAUUGAUCAUGAUGGGUGUACUUCUGCGGAUCUUGCAAGUCAGCAUGAGUUAUCGGUUACUAGGCGAAUCGAGAGUGUCCGACAACGAGGAAGUCCUUCACUAGGUAUUCAUGUUUUGAGUAGCAUACUGAGAUGGGUAUCAGUUUAG